AUAACGCAUUCAGUCUAUGUUCGCAGACUAGGCAGCGCGGCUGGGAAACAUGAGUGACGCUGUUUAUUCAGGUUCUGGGGUAGAGCCAUCAUCAGGGUAAAUAGAAGAGAGGCGAGCGUGGUUCGUGCGGUUUCAGAUCAGUCUGACUGACAGCGAUGUGAAAUGGGAACGGUCGUGAGGACAGGAGCUGGACUUCUUCUCGCUCUUAUCGCUUUACUGCUGUGACCGGAUCUUUCUGACCAAAGCCAGGUGAAGUCAACGUGUUUCUGCUUUGUUUGCUAAUGUUGAUUGGGAGAUGAAGCAGGGUCGGCCUUCCAUUCAUUAUACAGAACAGGCAGUGGCCCCGGAGCGCGCAGAAAGAUGAACACCAUCGUUUUCAAUAAAUUUGCCAACCAGGUUCUUUUCGAAGAAAAGGCAAAUGAGGUGGAGAGGAACAGCAGAACGUACAUCGAAGUGAUGGAGGAACAGCACCGGGAGCUAAUGAUGCCGGACAGCCCGUCUAGCAGAAGUCAACGGGGUCUGCGGCACAGGAGGUCAGGCUCUCGGCAGGGCGGUGGAAAAGUCAGGCACAAACGACAAGCUCUUCAGGAUAUGGCUCGACCCUUGAAACAAUGGCUCUACAAACACCGAGACAACCCCUACCCGACCAAAACGGAAAAGAUUCUGUUGGCCCUUGGAUCCCAGAUGACCCUGGUACAAGUUUCCAACUGGUUUGCAAAUGCUAGGCGUCGCCUGAAGAAUACUGUUAGACAACCAGAUUUGAGCUGGGCCUUACGCAUAAAGUUAUACAACAAGUACGUCCAGGGCAACGCAGAACGCCUCAGCAUUAGCAGUGAUGACACAUGUUCGGAAGAUGCAGAACAUCCACCCAGGAACACUGCAGUUGGCGAAUUCCACAAACCCCUUCAGGCUGCGAUUAAAAAGGAAAGUCCCAUUCUGAAGGCAGUUGGCAGGGCAGGCACACUAAUCAAUGAAGAUUAUGUGUCCCCACCAAAGUACAAGAGCAGCUUAUUACAUCGUUACUUGAAUGACUCGUUAAGGCAUGUCAUGGCAUCAAACGCCGCUAUGCAAGCUGCCGACAGGAAAAGAAACCAUUCCGGCUCCUUCAGCUCCAAUGAAUAUGAAGAAGAAUUAGCUUCGCCAUCAUCAUCUGAAGCAGACGGGAACUUUGUGUAUCGUACUGAAACAGUGGAACACGGACCGAACCGAUUAACCAGUUAUCCAAAGAAAAAAGAAACUUCCAAAGAUGAAACCUACUGGAAGGAAAUUAACGCUGCCAUGGCCUUAACAAAUCUGGCACAGGCUAAAGGCAAAAUACAAGGAACAACCAGCUGUAUCAUUCAGAAGUCUUCGCAUAUUUCCGAAAUAAAGACUUUGAAAAUUUCACCGUGUAAACCAUUUUAAAAAAAGGUUUAUGUAACAAGACUUUUCAGAAGCAAAAGCAUUCCAUGUAUGUAUAUUAAACAAGUGCUGCAAUCAAAUGCUGACUCCUGGCUCUUGAGGCCAGUUUAGAAUAAAUCUUUUUUGAUCUAAUCUUAUGUUUAUUAAUAUAUUUAGGAUCUUGCAGCAGUUUUAAAUCUUUGUAAUUGCACACAUUUCUGCUGUUGUUGGCCAGCUUAUUAUUUUUUAAAUCAAGAACUGACUGUAAAUUGUUAAAACGGUACAAUUUCUAUCAAAGUAUUAACUUAUUUUAUAUUACUCAAAUUAAUCUUUGACAUCUCAUGUUGAUGUUGUCGGCAUGAAUAUAAAGUAAUAUAAAUAAUAUAUCAAUAAGCUACAAGUUGCACACUGAAGCAUUUCUAUCGCAGUGAAAUUGUACUUUUGUAUAACAAGAUCAGUUCCAUAUUGUAAAGCUCAAUUUUUGACAAACAAAGCAAAAAAGUCGACAACAGAGGAAUGUACAUUGUGGUCCUGAAAAAAAAA